AAUAUUUACCUUUGAAAAUGAGUGACUCGGUCCAAUAUAGUUAUUCUGCUUAGAACAGCUGAGGUGUAACGUUAACUUUUUUUUACCUCCCUGUGUUUCAUUAUGGACAAAAAAUCUCUAGAAGCAAAAAUACGUUAUCAAGUAGCCUGUGAAGAAAAGGCACACCGUAUUGUUGAACAACUUAUAGAACCUGGAAUAUCAGAGAAUGUGUUGACAGAAGCAGGACUAUACAUUACACCUGACCACUACCAGGACAUAACAGAAGAAAGAUCAAUCUCUCGUCUGUGUGGAUAUCCAAUCUGUGAUAACAGGAUUACAAAAGUGUUGAGUCAGAAGUAUCACAUCUCAACAAAAACUAACAAAGUUUACGACAUCACAGACAGGAAGAACUUUUGCAGCAAUGAAUGCUACAAGGCAUCAGUAUUCUUCCAGAAACAAAUUGCUACUUCUCCUCUAUGGAGUAGAAAAGAAGAAAAACCCAAGCUAAUAGAAUUACUUCCAAAGGAACUGAACAGAGGUUCUGUUGGAAAAGAAGUGAUAAACACACAUACAGAGCUGUACAGAGAGGCGAAAAGAUUUAGAGAUGAAGAGAAAAAGCUACAGCAAAAGGCAGCAAGGGAGAGAAGUAUGGCAGAGGAGCAAGAUAAAACUGUGCAUGAUGUUGUGGCAGGUGUUGAAAAACUCAAUGUAAAUGAUGAAAAUCAGAGUGACAAGAAAAAUCCUGUAUGUAAAGUUGAAGCAAAGGAAGACAAAGAUAAACAUGAGGAAAAUUCUGGUCAUCAAGAAAAUAGAACUGAAAAACAGAAAGGGUCCUCUUCUGAUGUAUUAUCUACUGCUUCUGAAAAUGAACAAAGUGAAAAGAUUAAUAGACUAAUGGCUCUUCUAGACAGGAGGAAACAUUUGUUAGGAAAACUGGUACAAGAUGAGAAAGCACAGUUACCAUCUACAACUAACAGUGAAAAGGUAUCAGCAGCUGAACAUGCAGAUGUCUCUGUAGCCAAACCAUGUGAAGAAGACAAUGAUGACAGUGAUGAUUCAUGCGAUGACUCUGAAAAAGACUCUCAAAGUGAUGUUAAAAAUCGAAAAACCAUUGUCCAGUCAUGUGAUACAGCCAUUAGUGAAAAAGUCCCCAGUGGAGCGAUUUCUCAAGAUUCAGAAAAUGUUUGUGUAAAGACAAAAAGGAAAGAAAACAACCCUUCUGAAAUAUCCUACUUAAGCAUGGUGUGUGAGUUAAUGAAGGAAUGGAUCACUCUGGAGACACUGAGGUUUCUGGAUUGUCAGGAUCAGGAGUUUGAGAGACAAGCUGGAGUAACUACAGAGAUGGAGGCUAAAAUAAAAGACCUCUGUAGAAGGGUGGAUCAACAGGAAGCUGCACUUGAUGGCCUUAUAGGUGAGCAAGAGAGUUUGGAGGAUAAGCUCCCUGUUCGGUCGUUAGCACCAGAUUACAAAUCACUGAAGAAGGAAACUGAAGACUUCUCACAAAGGGUCAACAGCUUCUUUGCUGGUGGGAAAGCUGUCACCGAGAAGGAGGUAAAGAGUCAGGCCCCCGUGUACCUGCCUUCUGUGGAUUCUCACAACCAGCUGCUGAUAAGACAGAGAAUUGUGAUGGAUCAACUUAACAAAGUUAUACCAGAUCUCCUUCCACCAUUGAAGCUCAGCAUUCAGGAUGUAUUUACAGAACUAAAGCAGCUUGUUACAACAUUCAGGUUGACCAGUAAAAAUAUCUUGUUCAAACCAGCUGAAUGGUCAUUGGUUGGAUUGCUGCUUCUCAAAAUCUUAUCCAGAAAAAAUCUCCAGGUGUCCUGUGCCUUUCUGAACACCUCUGCUGUGGAAUACUUCUCCAUUUUCUUGGGCAGCAUUGGGGAGGAAUUAGAAAAGGUUGAUCUACAUGUGACUAAAAUGCUUCAAAAGGGCAAAUAAACUUAA